UCUGCUGCAGAAAAUAACAUCACGUUCGUGUAUCGAUUUUUCAGAAGUUUGGUGCAGUCCUGUGUUGAUAAAGUUGAUAAAAAUGUAUUAAAUUUGUUGUUUGACUGCGCAAAUAUCCUUUAGAAAAAGUCUUGAGAUGUUCAAGAACAAAAUUGUGCUGGCCACGAGCAUCGUCGGAACAGCGAUAGGAUGCGGAGCUCUGUUGAAAGAUUACAUGCAGGGUGGUCGCUUCGAGAAAAAGAACGCCCGAGCCGAUGGAAAGGUAGUCAUAGUGACCGGAUCCAAUACCGGCAUCGGUAAGGAAACGGUUCUGGGCCUGGCCAAUCGAGGAGCCCACGUUUAUAUGGCCUGCCGGGAUAUGAAGAAAUGUGAGGAAGCACGCAAGGAGAUAGUGCUGGAAACCAACAAUCCCAACGUGUUCUGCCGGGAGUGUGACCUGGCCUCGCUGCAGUCGGUGCGAAAGUUUGUGAAGCAAUUUAAAACGGAACAACCCCGACUGGACAUUCUAGUCAACAACGCGGGAGUAAUGAGAUGUCCUCGAUCUCUCACCAUCGAAGGAAUCGAACUUCAACUGGGAGUCAAUCAUAUGGGCCAUUUUCUGCUCACCAAUCUGCUGCUGGAUCAGCUUAAAUCCUCAGCCCCGAGUCGUAUUGUUGUACUGUCCAGCAUUGCCCACACUCGAGGUAAAAUCAAUCUAGAAGAUUUGAACAGUACCAAGAGCUACGACCCGGCGGGAGCCUACGAGCAAAGCAAACUGGCCAACGUUCUGUUUACCAGGGAAUUGUCCAAACGUUUAGAAGGAACAGGAGUCACUGUUAAUGCGGUACAUCCAGGCGUUGUAGACACCGAACUAAUGCGGCACAUGGGCCUGUUUAAUAGUUGGUUCUCCAGCUUCUUAAUAAAACCCUUCGUAUGGCCAUUCCUAAAGUCACCUCUGUCUGGAGCGCAAACAACGCUAUACGCAGCUCUGGACCCAGAUCUAGAAAAAGUUACCGGUCAGUACUUCAGCGACUGUAAGCCCAAGGAUGUGGCCGACCAGGCCAAAAAUGAUCGGGUAGCCCGGUGGCUAUGGGCCGUAAGCGAAAAGUGGACUGGCACCUUGACCGGAACAGCUGCCGUUUCCUGACAGCGGAUCAUGAAGCGCAACCAAGGCAAAGAUGUGAUCAUCUUCAGUGAGCCGCAAUUGCGCAAGGUUAAAGGUGGUUGAAGUGUGCAUUUUAUGGGACAUAAGCGUUCAAUAAUGUUGAUAUACGAACAAUAAAUAUUGAUUUGAAAUGUGUAGC